AAAUUUCCCUUUUUUUACAAGUUAAACUAACCAUUUUAAUUAAGUUAAACUAGCCAUUCAUAUUGUAAGCAGGUAUUUAAAACUAUGAGUAACUCAACAAGUGUAGAAGAACCAUUAUCAAGCGGUUCUCAAACCGACAGCGAAUAUGACCCGUAUGUGGAACAUUUAAGGAGGAAGUAUUUACAUUCUGUCACUUCUACAGAACCUUCCACGUUGAAUUCAAACUUCACAACCACUGACGACUCUCCUGCAGAUUUCGUGGAUUGUUCACCGUCCUCAUCUUUAACAUUAAGUGAAAGAUUGCAUUACAACCAAGCCAUGGAUGAUUUACGGUUGUUGUUGAGUAAAGGACCAAAGCAUGAAGAAAGCUUAACUGAAUCAAAAAAAACUGAGGUAACAGAUGGGACGUCAGUCAAACACACUGAUCUAAGUCUUGACCACACACUCACCAAUUCAACCACAUUACCCACGUUACCAUCUGACAUUACUACCACCACUUUUGGCAACAACAAGUCACAGAAAUCGGUCCGAAUAUCCCUCGAGCCCACCACCCUACAGGAAUAUUCACACACAAUAGAUGGUGUAUGGCCAGGCCCUAGUAUUCUCAGGUCAGGGAAAGCACCUCGUUCGACUGAUGUGAAAGUCAUUCAUAACGAACUCAUGAACAUACACAGAAAAUUGAAUGAAAAAAGCCAACAGUUAACGGAAGACAAAAUGCUCCUUGAUGAGCGGGAGCAGGAGCUGCUGUUGAGAGAGGAAAGUGUCCGGAUGCGGGAAGAUGUGCUUGAGGAGGAGGAGGCAAGUGUGAGGAGGGAUCAGGAGGUUAUGAUGAGGCUGCAGGGAGUCGAAUCCGAGGUUCAGGAGAAAUUUGAGAUUCUGCGAGAACAUCAUACGGAUGAAAUGAACAGAGUAAGUCAAGCACUGGCUGAUAAACUAAAAGAUUUAAAACGAUUGAAAAGUUCCUUUGAUGUUAUAAAGAACCAAAACGAUGAAAUGAAACAACAGAUCUUGGAUCUUACUGACCAAACUCAGAAACUACAGACACAGCAAUGUAAAGUUAAAGAAAAGAUGCUGAAAACUUGCAACGUAAAAAUGAAUUUAAAUGAUGACUUUAUUCAGGUACUAAGUGAACAACAGAAUAGGAAACUUGAUGACAAACCUGUGGCUCAACCAACUAAAAGUGUGGAGAAGAAUCCCAAAGUUUGGGGAAAUUGCUUCGAAGCUUUGUCAGUCACACUUGAAUGGGUUUGUAGCGCUCAUUUAAAACCCCUCGCCAAUAAAAGUGAAUCUGGUGUAGCAGUGUUGCAUAGGAGUAGGGAAUAUAUUGGGGAUAACUGCUUAAAGGUAUUACCGUUAUUGGUUGAAGUGAUUCGAUAUCUACCGUUAUUUACAUCUCAAGUGAAACAUCAUCUACCGUACAUAAGGUUCAUAUAUUGGUCAUUACAUCACCUUGAAGACACACACCAUGCACUCCUAUCUUCUACUGCUAGAAGGCUUGGUGAAGAGUUAGUGAGAUCUUCCCCAACGAAACCAACAACAGACAUCUCAUCCAGUAUGAUCAACACUACAUUACAACAUUCACUUACGACUACUGAAGUUAAACCUCAGAAACAAAACUCAUUUUUCCGAAGCACAAACACAGAAGUCCGAAUGUUGUCUUGUUUCGUUAUCUUGAAGACUUUACACCAAGUUGACAUGUUGGCGCAAGUAUUCGAUCAACUGAAACGAGAUUUAAAAGACGAGAGAGGAAGAGAAACUUUCCUUGAAUACUCAGCCACACAAGCUGUGUUGCCGUUCAUGACGUACAAAACUAACAAAGCGUUGUUGGGCAGUGCUGUGGAUGUUAUGUUACAAAUGGCCAUGGAAUCACCGUUGCUUGCAUCCUACCUUGAUCUAUGUAGUUGCGAAAGUUGGUUUCGUGCCGUAACGUCGUCCGUUCGAUCGCCAACCACAGAUAAUUCAACUCUCGAAAAACUUAGCAUUAUUUUGCAGAAACUUUCAAAGAUCAAGGGAAACCGAAAAUUAUUUGAAACGUUUUCACUUGGAAGAAUCCUUCAGGAAAAAUAUCGCGAAUGUGAUCCUGAUAACUCGUUCCUGUCACUCAACCUACGUUCCAUAUUAUUCAACCUCAAUCUGCUAAAAACUUCUACCACAACAUAGAAAUCCUAUAUGUAGUGUUACAUAGACACAAUAUAUAUCAUGACAUAUAUUUUUGUAAUCGUUGAUUUUAUAGCCACAAAAUACACUUUGAAUAGU